UACAAGGACUCUUAUAUAAGAGACCAAAUCCCACUCCCAUUUUCUCUAACACACUCUCUCUCUACUAUCCUCAAUCUCUUCAAAGAAACAAAAUUCCAUCAAGAAAAUGAUGAAAAUCCUAAUCUCUGUGAUUCUACUCAUCAUCAUGGUUGUUCAAACCUACGCAGAAUCAGCAUCAGCAUCACAAAACAAGGAUCCACCCCUGGUCGUUAGCACAUGCAAGAACACCCCACACUACCGCCUCUGCCUGGCCGUCCUCCGGCGCAGCCCCAGAAGCGCCAAGGCCGACGUGUGGGAGCUAGCCCUGAUAGCGGUGGGGGCGGUGAAAACGGAGGCGGAACGAGCUAUGGACGCCAUCAAGAAGGUGAGGAAGGGGGGAGAGGGGAAGGAGGUAGCGGCGGCGCUGAAGCAGUGCGAGGAGGUGUACGAUGCGGUGCUGGAGGGAGAUGUACAGGAGGCGGAGGAGGGUCUGAAAUUAGGAGACCCAAAAUUCGCGGAGAAUGGGAUGGCGGACGCGGUGGUGGAGGCGGAUUCUUGCGAGGGUGGUUUUGCAGGGGUGGGGAAGUCGCCGUUGAGUCGGGUGAAUAGUGCAGUGCAUGAUAUUGCAGAAGUCGCUAGAGCUAUUAUCAGAAAUUUGCUUUGAGCGACUUUAUGAAAAGAUAGUUGGGAUUAUAUUUAUAUUUUAGAAAAUGAGUAUGAAUAAACAGUGUAAUAAUAACAAUUUUGAAUGAAUCAUAAUUAGUGUUUCUGAUUAA